GGCCGCCAGGCGGCGUCUCGCACCUCCGCAGAGGCUUCGCCUCUAUUGGUUGACGGCCGGUCACGUGGCACGACCGCGGGACGCGCCCGCAGCGCCAAGCGCAUUUGGCGGGCUCGUCGCGUUUAGACGGCGUCGUUCGUGGCUGCUCGUAAGUCUUUCGUGCUGUGUGAAGUGUCGAAUAUCCACGUCGCGCAAUGGCUGGCGGUAAGGCGGGCAAGGACUCUGGCAAGGCAAAGGCGAAGGCGGUCUCGCGUUCGGCUAGGGCCGGCCUUCAGUUCCCCGUAGGCAGAAUUCACAGGCAUUUGAAAAACAGAACCACGAGUCAUGGUCGGGUAGGCGCUACUGCGGCAGUCUACAGCGCGGCCAUUUUGGAAUACCUUACGGCCGAGGUAUUGGAGUUGGCGGGAAAUGCAUCAAAGGAUCUGAAAGUUAAACGUAUUACACCUAGACAUUUGCAACUCGCUAUUCGUGGUGACGAAGAAUUAGAUAGUCUCAUUAAGGCAACUAUUGCAGGAGGAGGUGUUAUUCCACAUAUCCACAAAUCACUUAUUGGCAAGAAGGGUUCGCAGAAGCCAGCAUAAUUUAGCGAUAAUUGACAUUGAAUAUUUUAAGAUUCGUGGACAAACGGGAGGAGGAAAGAGUUGGUCCAGUGCUUGUUAACAAAGUGUACCUAGAUUACUAAAUCGAUGGCGAGACUGGCGUGAUAUAUACAUAGAUAUAUAUAUAUAGAUAUAUAAAUAAAACAGUAUAUUGAGAUAUAAUUUAAUAUAGAUAAAAAAAUAAGAGUUAAAGAAAGACAAAUGUUCAUUGACAAUUGACAAACGGACAAGACAGGGAGAGAGAAUGGAUUCUAGGCCGAGUGUAGGAAAUUUUAGUGUGUUACGAGCGAUGCGUUAUAGCAUGGCUCGAGAUGACGGAAGUCUUUGGUAGUUUGCAACUUUUGAACAUUGUGAAAACAUCAGAGAACAUAUGAAAAUCUGUUUAAUUACCAUGUUUGAUUAUUUACAACUGUGAACGAUUAUUUUACCAAACCGUCAUCGUUGUCUCAUUUUCGGUUUUGAAUCGCGUCAUGUACUUCUAAGAGACAGGCUUUGUUAAUUUGCUUUCAAAUAACUCUCAUUUCACAAUCUCGUACAACACAAUAAAUCCAAUUCAUUGUUUCAUAUGAAUUUAAUAUGCUAUUAAACUUCAUAUAUACGUUUAUGUUGAUAAAAUUCCGCAGAUUAUGAACAACUAAUCAAUAGUUCCUUAUUGUUGAAUUAUAAUAAGAAAAGAAAAAUGGCAAACUUCAGUGUAAUUUUUGACUUAAAGUAACUUCAUUCAAACUCCAUUUGGCCAAAUUCAUAUAAAAUAUAUAAUAAAAUUUCAAUUUGCUAGUUAAAUAUUAAAUCGUCUCGCGCGUUCAUCACGGUUCACAAGUUUCUUGCGCUUUCCUCCUGUCAGAAUCACGAAGAUUAUUAUAAGGUUUCGAUAAUAAUAGCAACGAUUCCAGAGUUUGAAAGUUUAACCAUAUGACUCGAUUGUACAUAACAGUUUUAAUUACAUACAGAAAACUCGUGUAACAUAUGGAUGAAAUUGAGUUUGUGAAUAUUAAGUUCUGUGAGCUGCUAAAAUUAAAUGAGCUUUUCAUCUCAAAAACCAGAUUGUGGAAUGUUUAGUUCUGUUACAAAUUUUUUUUAUCUUGCGAGCUAAUAAGCGAAGACUGACUUCGUUUCUUGUAAAAUAAUUUGAAAAAUAGAUACAGAAACGAUUCGAUACAUCCGAUGAUUUAUUGAUGAUUUGCACAUAUGAAAACGUGCCUAUUUUUUAUUUCCGUUCAUUUUUUUCUUUCUAAUUUUAAUGUUUGUCACUUCGUUGUUUCUACGAUUUAGCUUAAUUUUUAUUGUACCUACACAGUUU